AUGGACGUCAGUGAUGCCUUCAGGGAGGCGGCGCACCGCGCGUACGCCUCCCAGAGCGGCAUGACCCCGGAUCGCGCGGACGCACUGGUGGCGCCCAGGGAUAUGCCCCCGCCCUCGGCGCGAUCCCCGGUGCUGAAGAGCGCGCACGACACCCUUGUGCUGGUACGUGAGCUGCGGGCGUUCGUCACGCGACACCGCGCCGACUACCUGAGGGAGGGUAAGGACUCGGACACCGUCAGGGACGGCAUCGAGUCCGAGGUGCGGCUCAGCGUGAAGGCGUGCCAGGCGCACAUCACCAUGCUCAAGUCCACCGUGCAGGAGGUGGAGGCUGGGAAGACGGAGGGCGUGCAGGGAGUCGCCCACAUGCACGGCGUCGUCCUGAUCCUCACCGAGUUUCUCCAGAGGGUCGCCGCGUCCUUCGACCAGUGCAGGGAGGUUCGGUUCAAGAAGGUGCUGGCGGCGGCGGAGCACCGGCGGAGGCGAGCGCCCCCCCGGCCGCCGACGCCGCCGAGGAGAAACGUGGAACCGACACCGGCGGCGUCCACGACCGAGACGAUCGGCGACGAAAGCUCGAUCGAUCAGCAGCAGCGGCAGGCGCAGGCGCAGGUGCACGAGACGGAGGGCGAUGCACUGGUGGAUGAGCUGACGACCUUGGUGGAGCAGGUUCGGAAGGCGGAGGGUCAGGUUGCGGAGUUGUCGGCGCUGUCCUCUCUGUUUGCCACGCACGUGCAGGCGCAGGCAGCGCAGAUCGAACAGCUGUACGCGCAGGCGGUGGAGAGCACACGGAACCUGGAGAGCGGGAACGUGCAGCUGAAGAAGACGAUAAAGAGGCGCGGGGAAGGGUCGUUCAUCGUCGGGAUUGUGCUGUUCAUAGCAACCUUCAGCCUCCUCUUCCUCGACUGGCUGCAGGGAUAG